AAUCUGAACUUAGUACGCUUACCGUUGUACUUGAUAAAUAUUUUUUUAAAUGUGCCAGCCGAAUCCAGUUGGCCAUUGGUGGACAGUCUAUCAGGUCCCUACCAAAAUUAUUUGUUUUUGAAAGCGUUGCAAGGCCCACCCACCAGACGCCUACCAAUCAGAUAUGUCGGCGACCACUGGUGGCGGUUUAGGAAUCAGCAUUUGGUCCAGGCGAAGUCGCUCCUGCGUGCCGGAAACCACGCUGAUCGGCGAUGGGCCGCACGUGCUACGCCCACGCCCUCCGCCCCCCCACCAGCGGAUGUUGACGGCCCCGGACCAACGGCCUCGGACACCCCCGCCCCGCCUCACCAGCCAGCGCAAGAUGAGCCUGCAACGAAGCCUGGCCUUCUACAGCCGGCUGAGGAGAACUUUCGGAAGUCCCGCGUCCGGAUUCGGUUACCCUUUCGAGACUGAUUUCACCCUGGGGCGCCAGCUGCGACGGGAUUCCUAUCUGCCGAUGAUGGGGAACUGGCCUGGGCUCGCUAUCGAGACUGAUGAGUGGGCAGAAAACCACGGGGAUCCCGAGGAGAGGAGGUUGUUCUCAGAACGGCGCCACUGGGGUCGAGCCCAGCUGCACUUCCAGCAGUAUCUGGGCUUGGGGAACAGUCAGCACCACAGCCCCAGAUCAUUCUUCCUUAAAUUAGAUCUCAGCGCAGUAGACCUGAAGCUCAUUUACGGCAUGUUGUACGGGCUGUGGCUGAAGGAGGCUUUAAGGCUGGCCUUCAACGAGGUGUUCUCCUUGCACUAGCUGUGGGAUUUUGGGUGCUCCAACGAUCGAUAAUAAAAUCAUAUUGUCAAUCGAAA